UCCUCACUUCAGUGUCCGCCCUGCCCGGUCUGUGAGAUGGACGUCUACAGCAACGCUGAAAUAGUGUUCUCUCACCUGGAGGAGAGGCAAGCGGCAGAUCUCUUCAAAGGAGAUCAGGAUAUCUAUGCCAAUGCUGCUGAGCAGGAGUCAGGAGAGAAACAGAACUGCCCUGUCGAACACACAGGCUCCUCUCCUCUUUCUGCAGCUGGGAACGGUGGCGCCCCCUACAGGUGCAACCUGGCCGUGCUAGCUGCACUCUGCCUAGCUCUGCUGGGUGGUCUUAAUGCUCUGGGGAUCCUGUACGUUCAGAAAAGCAACCGAUCGGAUGCCCUGGAGGAGGAGAACAGGGAACUCUCCAUCUCUCUGUCUUCUGUGGAGCAGAGGCUAGCAGGAACCGAAAGAAAGUUGGAGGAACUGCAAGUGAGACACAGAAAUGCGUCAGAAACACUCUCUGCUUAUCGAGCUAUGGACGGAUGUGCAUGCCUCACUGGAUGGAGAAUACAUCAGGGAAAGUGUUACUUCUUCUCCACUAAGAAGAUGCACUGGUCUCAAAGUCAGGAGUACUGCACCUCGAAGGGGGCACAUCUGGUCAUCAUAAAAAACCAACAGGAACAGAAUUUUGUGUCGUCCAGUAUUCGUGAGACGCACUGGAUUGGGCUGAGCGACCGGGACACAGAGGGGCAGUGGGUCUGGGUGGACGGUACGCCUCUUGACAGAAGCGGAACCCAGUACUGGUGGGAAACAGAGCCGGACAACUGGAUGGACUCAGGGGACCCGUCCGGAGAAGACUGCGCCAGUCUGGGGGACGACAACCCUGCUUACUGGUUUGAUGCUUCUUGUGGAAAAAUAAAAAAGUUUGUCUGUGAAACACUUCCUCGAAUUUGAACGAAUCAGGCCCAGAAUAUCUUGUUUCGCCCUGAGGUGGCUAAUCAGCAGCCACAUCCUCUGAAGCACGGGCUCUGACUCAUAAAAAGACUAAUAUGCUGUCAGUAUUUUAAAGUUCAUAUUUAUAUAUGUCCAUGAAUACAUCAGCAGGCCAAGCAUUUUUUGUCAGUGCAGUGGUCAUCUUUCUAAAUCUGUGCUUUCCUAUUAAAACUAUGUGAGCUAUUUUACCAGUGUGCCAUUUGCAUUGGGUGCCUGUGGGUCACUCUGGAUGAGAAAGUCUGUUAAACUCAUGUUAUGUAAUUCUGGAUGUUUCCAUAAGUGCCUCUCUUGUAUCAUUUGUAUUUCUAGCAUUUGUUGUGUCUGCAGAUUUUGUGCUGUGGGUACUGUUUGUAAUAUCCAUAGUAAUUAAGUGCUGUAAAUGUACCUGUGGACUCCCUGAUGUGUCCUGUGGUAUAGUGUUACGUGCCAUGUGUUUCUUUUGUGUGGACUUCCCUGCCUUCACCUGUCAAUCACCAUCCACCAAGUCCCACCUUCACCAAUCCCCACCCUCCGUGUCAAUUCUGGACAACCAAUCAGAACUCGCCACCUCUGCUAUAUAAACCGUGACUGUUUGUAAUAAUGGAUGUCUGACUUGUUGCUCUGUGUUGUGUAGUAUUUGACUCUAUGUUAAUCACUCAUUUGAACUUGUCUUGUUUUGUGUACACUUCCAAGGCUUGGGACAGGUAAGACUGGGGGCUCCUGUACAUAUGCCCGUAGGCUAUGUUGUGUAUAGAUCCACUAGUCCUUAGGGAUGAUUACCAACCAAUUGUGUUUUCAGUCUGCUAGUUAGAGUAGAUAGGCCUUUUGUUUGUGUACUUGAUACACUAGAUUAAAUUACUCUCUGGUUUAGCUAGCUUGUUUUUCUGUUCUUUUGGCAACAUCCAGCGUCCGUUGACCCUGGUAGUGUGUGUCUGGGAUGUUGUAUGUCCGGUAGUAGUUUGUUGCACCUUUUUGUUUUGUUAUCACAGUAAAACACCCAUGCACUGAGUUGCUGCUUUUGUCUGUGUUUGAUUUAUUGUUGUUACCAUCUAUACAGCCUUAACAUCUCCCGGCUAUUUUAACAUCCAGUUACAUACCCCAUGCACCCCUAGACCCAUGGGGUCG